UUGACCCACUGGCCUGUACGUGAUGCACAUCUUUUCACACUGGAGGCCACAGCUUACGCUCUUCUGGCUUUGGUCAAGACAAAGAUGUGAGCGCAUGAAGAGCGGGGCUUUUGAUGAUGCCAAACCUAUUGUCAGAUGGUUCAACGAACAACAGAUACAUGGCGGAGGCUAUGGAUCAACUCAAGCUACUAUACUGGUGUACCAGGCAAUAGCUGAGUACUGGACCAAUGCUAAGGAACCAGAAUAUAAUGUGAAGGUUAACAUUGUGUUUCAUAAAAGGAGAAAUGUUGAUAGGUUCAACUUCAACAGAGAGAACCACUAUACCACCAGAACAUCUAAGCUCAACAGCAUAAACCAGAAUGUGACGGUGGUUGCCACAGGAACAGGAGAAGCAACGGUCAAAAUGGUGUCGUUGUAUUACGCUCUGCCUAAAGAAAAGGAAAGUGACUGUCAGAAGUUUAACCUGUCUGUGCAGCUCAUCCCAGGUGAGUUCCUCUGUCUCUCUCUGAAACCAGGAGAUCUCCCGUUUUACUGUAAAUAUCAGUGAAUAGUAGAAUU